AUGUCCCUCCCUCGCCCAUCAUGCGGCCUGUUCGACUUGUUGCCCGUCGAAGUAAAGGAAAAAAUCUACGAACACGCCGCCGCCAACAUCGCCAUCCCCUGGAGCACCACAUUCAUCACAACUCCCGGCAACUCCUCCGCCAUCAAUACCAUGGAGCCAGCCACCGGCCUCUCGGCAGGCCUUCCCAACGCAAACGCCAUCAUUGAAGCAGAAAUGGCAAAAGCCAUCGACAAGCACAGCGAAUUCCGCACCACUGUUGUCCUGCGCGAGGGCGCUCCGGCUUCAGAUCUUCCGAUCCCUCGCAUUCCGAUCCAUGCCAAGCACAUCCAUCUGAGGGUCGAGAUGGAGACGUUCCGACCUGCCAAGGGCGUUAAAGCGUCCCGGCUUCGGAUCUUGCCUGUCUGGACGCUUGCGCAGGCUGUGGGUACGGGACCGGGCCAUGUUUUGGUGACAUUCCACUUUCCAAAGGGUGUCAAGAUCGUGGCCAAGCAUGUCAGCAUGAUCGAGCAAUUCGAGCGUAGCUUGCGGAGCAUUGGGAGCCUGCGAGGGUACAAGAUUCAGGCGUUUGCGUAUACGUCCGAGGUAGUGGCGAGCAAGGAGUGGGCUGGAAAGAAGGUUGAGGACGCAGAAGGAGAGUGCAAAUGGGCGAAUAGAAGAGUGUAG